GACAACAGACCAGAGGGUCUUGAUCGAUCUGAAAAGGAAGAGAGCUGAGAUGUUGCUUUGGCGAGUCCUGCUGCACCAUUGCGCUGAGACCGAGAGUCCUGAGACGAUGGGAAUUUAUGUCUCGGCAGUUACCGCAGAGAUAGGAUGACCUUCUUUUAUGAGGUUUGGACUUCUCUCUGACAUGUGGCUCGCAGCGGACUCCUUGAAGUCCGCAAGAUGGGAGGAAAAGCAGGCACUUCUCUGGAAUUCCUCGCAUCCUUGCGACUGCUGCACGUGGAGCAGCGGCGGUCGGUAAGAGCAUAAGUAUUCUCGCGUGUUUGGGCCGGAUGUGUAUUUGUGCACUGGACUAGGGAGUGGUCUAUUGUAGUGCAAUGGGAACAUUCGAGUGUGUGUUGGGACUUAGGCGAAGUCUCUGUGGGAGGGCCUUGUGGCUGGGAUCGGCUCCACGACCUUGUAUAGUGCAAGUGUGACGGUGUUCGAACCCUCAUGCGACUUCCUUAUGUGUAGAUGUCGUUUUCUAUCACUUGACCGCUAUUUUCUAUAUAAAAUUUGAUAACACGCCAGAAUACUUCUC